CCGGGAGUACGUACAUCGUGCAUGGUGUUGUUGUCAUUCUCCCUCUGUUGCAUAUACAUCUGUUUUAUCUGGUUUCUGAUACAUUAAAGUUUUGAAAACGCGUACUCUCAGCGUUGUUCGAAAUGGAAAACAGUGAGGACGAAGCGGGAGAAGAUGACACCGAAUGGAAGAAUAUUUUCACAGAUCCAACUCCUGGUUCAGACGAUAAUAUGAUACCAACACCUGCACAUAGAGUCAUUGUGCAUUUUGACCUGGACUGCUUCUAUGCUCAAGUAGAAAUGAUCAGAAAUCCAGCUCUAAAAAAUGUGCCUUUAGGCAUUCAGCAGAAAAACAUAGUAGUCACAUGUAACUAUGUGGCAAGAGAGCAAGGUGUCACCAAGCUGAUGUUUGUGACUGAUGCAAUGGAAAAAUGUCCUCAGCUGGUGCUGGUCAAAGGAGAAGACCUGACACAUUACAGAGAAAUGUCCUAUAAAGUGACAGAGCUGCUGAUGUCCUACUGUCCACUGGUAGAGAGGCUUGGAUUUGAUGAGAACUUCAUGGACAUCACGGAGAUGGUGGAAAGACGGCUUACGCAGACACAUGAAUCACACAGCUACUCGUUUAAAGGCCAUGUCUACAAUCAUAUCAAUACAGAUGAUACCACCGGUAAACACCCAAGGCUGGCUUUAGGUUCACAUGUUGCUGCAGAGGUGAGAGAGGCCAUCCACAGCAAACUGGGCCUGACCGGCUGCGCUGGCAUCGCCACAAACAAACUGCUGGCCAAACUGGUGUCGGGCACCUUCAAACCAAAUCAGCAAACCACUCUGUUGCCUGAGGAUGUCAGCAACAUUGUGAGUUGCCUGAGCAGCCUCCGCAAAGUACCAGGGGUGGGACACCAAACAGCCAAGAGACUUCAGGCCCUGGGAUUGGUCAGUGUGAGUGACCUUCAGCUCUUCUCAUUGGCUGAGUUAGUGAGAGAGUUUGGAAGCCCCAGUGCUCAGCGAUUGAAGAAUCUGGCCCUGGGUGUUGAUGACUCACCUGUGACACCUACUGGGGCCCCACAGUCUCUCAGUGAUGAAGAUUCCUUCAAGAAAAUUUCAUCCACUAAAGAUGUUUUGGAAAAGAUUCAAGAGCUCCUGAAAAGCCUAUUGGAAAGGAUGCACAAAGAUGGCAGGCAGCCCCAAACUUUCCGUCUCACCAUUCGCAGAUACUCUGCAACCAACAAGUGGUUCAGUCGUGAGAGUCGACAGUGUCCUAUCCCCAAUCACAUAGGCCAGAAAAUCACUUCUGGCAGUACUGACAGUGCCCUGGUCCAGCUGCUCCCCUUGGCCAUGAAGCUCUUCCACAAGAUGGUUGACAUCACAGCUGCUUUCCACCUCACACUCAUUAAUGUUUGCUUUAGUAAUCUGCACAGCAGAGCUGCUGCUACUGGAAAGUGCUCCAUAACAUCUUUCUUCAGUCACAGCACAUCUCCUAGAAAGUCACAAAGCUACUCUUCACAAAGUCAGGAUGAUUUCUCUCAGAGCGGGGGUGGACAAAGCAUGGAUCAUCAGUCCAGCCCACAUAGCAUUACCCAACGGACAGUAGCCUCAAAAAAUGUUUCUGCCUCUGAAGCAGUAUUACAUGGAUUUACAAGAAAACAGAGCCCUGCUGUCACUGUAGGUGUGUCUCAUCUACAGAAACCAUCCUGCAGCGUGGUGAGAUUGAACCCAGAUGAAACAUGUAACAUUGCAAUGAGUCAGUUACCUCCAAAUGUUGAUCCAGAAGUGUUCAAGGUCCUCCCUGAAGAGAUCCAGAAGGAGCUGUUAUCUCCUGCCUAUUCAAAUUCCCUCUCCUCAUUCCUACCAGGAAAAAACACUUCUCCACAAUGCCCCUCACCCUCGAACCCACUCCCACAGACAUUUACAAACUCACAAAAUCUUAACAGAAAAGAUGCUGUUGAUGAAUUGGAUUCAUCUGACAGACCAACCACAUGGAAUCCUCCACUGCAGCCCUUAGGCACAAGCACUGCAAUUCAUGGAGAAGACAGCAUGACAGAAGAGGAACUGUCAUUCCCCAGGUCUUCUGACUGCGAGUUCCCUGUAAAUGUGGACCCUAAGGUGUUUUCAGAGCUUCCACCGGAUGUUCAGAAGGAGCUGAUGUCUGAAUGGAAGCAACACAAGCCUGUCCUAAAAGCUCCUUCGUCUAAGAAACCUGGGAGAAACUCGGUGACCAAAGACAAAAAGACUGGAGGACAAGGCAGCCAAGCAAACAGUUUAUUGAAAUACUUCAAACCCAGUUAGACUGGGCCGUUGUGUGGCUAUAAGGGUUUAUUUUGGAGAAAUACCUGAAGUUGAUAAUCUGAAAAACACAUAAAUAAGAUCAAUCAGAAACAAUUAUUAUGUCAGCCUAUAGGAACAUGACAGUAUUAUGAACCUGGGUUUGAUGACACUGUUGUGCAUUAUACUUGAAGAGACAUCACAAUACAUAAAGAGUUAAUCACCAGCUACAAAUUAACCAUACCGUAUCAAACACAGGAAAAUAAUGACUGUAGCAUGUGUUAAAAGAUGUAGAUGCAACAGACACAAAAAUCUUAAGUAAAUGAAACUUGGAGCUUGACUAAGUUGUCUUUACUUUAAAGUUAUUGUGAUGUUUUAUCGACAGUACCUCUCUAUGUCUGUGCUAAUAUCAAGUCUAAAAGGG